ACUCCAGUACAGUAGGUGGCGGUGUGCACCUUUAAAGUUGGUUUACAACCCGCCAGUAAACCCACAAAAGAAGACGAGACAAGACGAGAGAAAUGUAUGGGGAGAAAAGACGCGUUUCUUGGGGUUUCUUGAAGUGUUUAAAAACGAGAAUCUUGCCUGCAAUCAGAAGUACAGCCCGUAUUUCUACCCCGAGGAGGUGGUUCGUCAUCACUUCGGACUGUUUCAUCCACACCUAUAAAGUGAUUGAGACCUUCAGUGAAGCUCCUCCUACAACAAUCCACCAAUAACACAGAGAGAAAUCACUUCAUGUGUGACAACUGAAAUCUUCAUGACUUAUUGUUGGUGUUGGUGAAAGAGGAGCUUGAGAAGAUGAAAGAUCCACAACCAUGCAGAAUUAAGACUGAAGAAAUUGAAGAGCAAAUAGAUAUGAUAGAAGUGAAAAAGGAGAGUCACGAUGAAGUGGAUGAGAAACAUCAGAUUGUAAAAAUAAACCAUAAUGUUUCACAGAAAGGAGCUCUGAGAACAGAAGACAUAAAGUGUGAAAUGAGUUUCAGUCAAGAUGGACGCCCUGAGGAUCACAAUAGGACUCACAGCGAGAAGAAGCCGUUCACAUGUCAUCUGUGUGAAAAUAGUUUUAGAUUUAAAAGUAAACUUGAGACUCACAUGAAAAUUCACACCGGAGAGAAACCUUACAAGUGUCAUCUGUGUGGAAAGAGUUUUACAGUUGAAUUUAGCCUUAAGACACACAUGAGAAUUCACACUGGAGAGAGACCAUUCACAUGUCUUCAGUGUGGAAAGAGUUUUAUAUCUUCAGGUGACCUUACGAGACACACAAGAAUUCACACCGGAGAGAAACCACACGCGUGUCAUGAGUGUGGAUACCGGUUUACAACCUCAGGUACCCUUAAGAAACAUUUGAGAAUUCACACUGGAGAGAAACCUUACACAUGUAGUCUGUGUGGAAAGAGUUUUAAAUCUGCAGGUGACCUUACGAGACACACAAGAAUUCACACCAGAGAGAAACUGUUCACAAACCAUGAGUGUAAAAAAGUUUCAGAAGUAAAAAUAACCCUAACCCGUAACCUUAAGAAACAUUUGAUAAUUCACCCUGGACAGAAACCUUACACGUGUCAUCUGUGUGGAAAUAGCUUCACAGUUAAAUCUAGCCUUAAGUUACACAUAAGAAUUCACACCGGAGAGAAACCGUUCACAUGUUAUCUGUGUGGAAAGAGUUUCAAAGAUGAUUCUAGCCUUAAGAGACACACAAGAUUUCACACCGGAGAGAAGCCACACGCGUGCCAUGAGUGUGAAAAGAGUUUUACAACUGCAGGUAACCUUAAGACACACAUGAAUAUUCACAUCGGAGAGAAACCAUUCACAUGUCAUCUGUGUGAAAAGAGUUUCAGAGAAAAAAUUACUCUUGAGACUCACAUGAGAAUUCACACUGGAGAGAAACCUUACACUUGUUUCCAGUGUGGAAAAAGUUUCUCAGCUGAAAGUAACUUUAAGAGACACGCAAUGAUUCACACUGGAGAGAAACCGUUCACAUGCCAUAAGUGUAAAAAAAGUUUCAGAAGUAAAUGUUGCCUUAAAACACACAUGACAAAGCACAGUAAAGAGAAACCUUACUCAUGUCUUCAGUGUGGAAACCGUUUCAAAAGUCAAGGCGCUGUAAAGAAACACAUGAUAAUUCACACCAGAGAGAAACUGUUCACAUGUAAUCACUGUGGAAAGAGUUUCAGAAGAAAACCUACCCGUAGAAAACACACGAAACCGUUUGCAUGUCCUCAGUGUGGAUUGAGACCUUCAGUGAAGCUCCUCCUACAACAAUCCACCAAUAACACAGAGAGAAAUCACUUCAUGUGUGACAACCUAAAUCUUCAUGACUUAUUGUUGGUGCUGGUGAAAGAGGAGCUUGAGAAGAUGAGAGAUCCACAACCAUGCAGAAUAAAGACUGAAGAAACUGAAGAACAAAUAGAUAUGAUAGAAGUGAAAAAGGAGAGUCACGAUGAAGUGGAUGAGAAACAUCAGAUUGUAAAAAUAAACCAUAAUGUUUCACAGAAAGGAGCUCUGAGAACAGAAGACAUAAAGUGUGAAAAGAGUUUCAGUCAGGAUGGACGCCCUAAGGAUUACAAUAGGACUCACAGCGAGGAGAAGCCGUUUACAUGUCAUCUGUGUAAAAAGAGUUUCAAUUAUAAAAGUAAACUUGAGACUCACAUGAGAACUCACACUGGAGAGAAACCACACGUGUGCCAUAAGUGUAAAAAUAGUUUUAUAUCUACAAGUAACCUUGAGAAACAUUUGAGAAUUCACACUGGAGAGAAACCUUACAAGUGUCUUCAGUGUGGAAAGAGUUUCACAGUUGAAUCUACCCUUACGAGACACACAAGAAUUCACACCGGAGAGAAACCUUGCACAUGUCAUCUGUGUGGAAAGAGUUUCACAGUUGAAUCUACCCUUAAGACACACAUGAGGAUUCACACCGGAGAGAAACCACACGCGUGCCAUGAGUGUGGAAACGGGUUUACAACCGUGAGUACCCUUAAGGCACACAUCAGAAUUCACACUGGAGAGAAACCUUACACAUGUGAUUUGUGUAAAAAGAGUUUCAGAGUUAAAAGUAGCCUUAACAUACAUGCAAGGAUUCACACAGAAACUGUUGACAAAAAGCCGUUCACAUGUCAUCUGUGUAUAAAGAGUUUUAGAUUUAAAAGUAAACUUGAGACUCACAUUAGAACUCACACUGGAGAGAAACCACACGUGUGCCAUGAGUGUACCCUUAAGAAACAUUUGAGAAUUCACACUGGAGAGAAACCUUACAGGUGUGAUUUAUGUGAAAAGAGUUUCAGAGUUAAAAGUAGCCUUAACAUACAUGCAAGGAUUCACACCAGAGAGAAACUGUUCACAAACCAUGAGUGUAAAAAAGUUUCAGAAGUAAAAUGAACCUUAACACUCUAACUGGUGCAGCUCUUUUUGAGUGGGGGGUGAUGAAAAGGUGAUGUGCACCUUCAAAUUAAUAUAAUUCUGGCAUAUUUUUGGUCUAGAACAAGCGUGCCGCACAAGCCCUGAAAAGUGAAGCCAAAACGUCUCGAUUGUUGCACUUCAAUUAUCUUUUUUCCAAAGCUGGUUUCUGUCAUUUACUGUAGUUUUUAUCACGCUGAUGUAAAUUCAAGUGUUUGUUUUUAAAAUAAGUUUUAGUUAUUUAAUGCUAUAAAACGGUGGUGUCACAUCAUGAUUGACAGCUGUGAUAUGCCGUUCUGCGAGGGCGGGGCCUUGAUUUUGCGGCUUUACUUCCUGCUCACUACUGUGCAGGACUGGUCCCGAAAUCGCUACUGUGCAGACUCAAGAUG